AUGCCCAAUGGAGGAGGGUUUUUGAAGCUACUCAAGACAUUUUUAGUGAUUUCGGCAAUACUAAGAGUUCAAGCUCAAUCGCCAGGACGAUCGACAUCGGAUCCUAGCAAAUGCUUUUCGUUAAGAACUAGCACUGUGUGUCCAGAGUUUGGUGACUUUGGUUUGCUGCCAGAUACACAUUCACCGCCUCUUUUUUUAGAUGCCAAAUCGUUUGAUGCAUACGUUACUGGAUGGGGAUCUUCCCCUGCCUUUUUAGACUACUUUAAAACUCGCUAUAAUUGCCCCGCAUGGAAUGGAUUAGGAUUGAGAUAUGCACGGUCUUUGAUCUGUGGACUAUCUGUCCAUGCUGCUCUUGAGCAGGGAUGUCCCCCACCCGCUAGAUCCGCUUCAAAACAACUAUGCAAAGACACUGCUACUCAAGCCGUUGCAUCAUACCAAGUUAUUUUUAGUAAUCCUCAAUUCUGUCCAGCAGCUUCACCACGAGCAUUAGAUACAUCAAUUUUAAACUUUCAAGAGAAACUUCAACGAGUUCCAGAGUGCAUUCCAGCAAUCCGGUCCGAUCUAUUGAUGUGCGGGUUCAGUACCGCUUCAGAACUCACUAGAUACUGUGCUUUAGAUACUUCUGCUACAGAUUUAUGUUGUGCAGCUGCAGUCAAGGCGGGAAAUUUACCUCCUGGAUCUAUUGCUCCACGUCUACAGAAUACUGUUGCCGGAGCUGACCGAGUCAAUCUUCCACAAAAUGUACCAGCCGCAGCACUACCGCAAAUCAACACGACAGUUCCUUCACUAACGAAUACGACAAACCAUGGAAAUAGCACUGUUCAAAACCUUGAUACGAUGGGCUUGGGGUUGAGCACAGUUCAUAUUGGCGCAAUUGUUGCAUCAUUAGGUGCAGUCAUAGCUGCUAUCUGCUAUUUUAUAUUUGCUAGACAGAAUUCGAAGAAAAAGAAUAUUAUUGGUGAUAGUUCCGAGUAUCCUGAACCGAUAAAGAAGGUUGAAGAUUUAGAAUCUUCAGAAUCUUCAGAAGUAUUAGAGGUUCUGUAUGAUCACACACCUCAGAUGUUUGACGAAAUUGAACUGCGCUAUGGUGACAAAGUUGUCGUGAAAUGCAAAUUUGACGACGGAUGGGCAUUUGGAUAUAAUAUGGAGACCAAACAAGAAGGAAGCUUCCCACUUGCAUGUAUGGAUAUACCUGAGUCGGUGAGAAACUCAUUGCCUGAUUGGAAAAUGACACCCAAGCAAGAAGACACUGCAGAUACGUUUUUACCUAAUCGACUGAUUUAGAUGAUACACUGUUUUUAUUCCCCUUCAAUAAAUUUGUUCAACAU